AUGAAUAUUGUCUCAGAAAUGAACCCCAACAAUAUUACAUUGAUUAAUGUAGUUACAGGAACCAAAUUAAUCAUUAAUAUGGCAAUUUAUCGGCACAUAGAUGUAUUGAAAGCUUAUAUUCAAAAACAAUGGAAUAUUCCAACCCCUGAAAUCUUCAUCAUGUUACCUUUUGGUUUAAAGUUGAAAAACCAAGAUUUUAAAAACAAAUUGAUAGGGGUUGAAGUUUUAUACGUUUUCCAUAGAAGAAUAUUUAGUUUUUUAAAGGCACCACCACUCCAUACUAAUUUUGAAUCAGAUACAGAAGAAAAUAUUGAAAAAUCAAAAAAAAAUACAAAAAUAUCCCCACCAUCAAAUGGCUCAAUCACCGCACCAGUAAACUUGGCUUAUAAAGACAAAAUGAAUGAGUUGUUGGAUAUUACAGACCCGAUACCAAACUUAUUAAAACCUCUACCCUCUCCAUUUGCAGAUUUUGUUCAUGACGAACAAUUAAGAGCUCAAUAUUAUAAAAGCUUUGCCCAAACUAAUUUGGGUUGGUUAAAUGCUUUGUAUAUUGAUGUAAAAUACUAUUAUAAAAUUUUGGAGGGAUUUAGUGACAUGAACAGCAACUUUAUACAGGGCAUAGAUGCAGCAGUGAGGUAUUUAGAAGUUUAUUACCACACCACGGAAAAAAGUUACCGAGAAGUCUUUAAAUUUUACAAAGAUUUACAAAAGCAUAGUAAUGCCAGUAACUGGGUAUCAAUUUACAAGGAUAUUUUGUCAACAUUAAAAUGUGUUUUUCCUCAGAGGAAUUUUACAAAAUUGGCGGAUUAUUUUGAUUUUGUUAAACUAACUUCAGCGUAUGAAGAAUUAAAUGAAUGUGAGGAAUCUUUAAAUGAGUCAUUUAUGAAAAUUGACCAUAAAUUAAAGGGCUUGGAAAACAUAAUUAAGGGAGAAAUCAUAGAAAUUUUAUCGAAUUUGAAACACAAAAUUACUGAAAAAUUACAUCCAGAUUUAUCUUUUGAAGAUAAAUUAUUUGGCAAAUUCAAAGAAUAUUGCGAAACAGUUAAAGAUAUGACAGACACAUUAAAUAAUGAAUAUUCUAAUAGUCUGUUAGGUAAAAUGUUAAAUGAUUAUAUACCACAAUUAUCAAUAAUGGCAACUUCGCUAUAUUCCAAAGCGACACAACUAUUGGAGGAUAAAAGAGCGGUUCAAUUAAGUAUUUUGGAGUUUAUGGGUAUAAUAUCUUUUAUCCAGGUGGAAGCUUUGAAAAUCAAAGACAUGGUUACUGAAGGCUACGAAGCCAGGUUAGAACUUUACAAGAAAUUGCAACUGAAUUUUGGAGUCUUGGAGGAUUUCCCUGUGAUUUAUGGCCUAUAUUUGAUAGAAUUAUAUAGGAGGAAGCUAUGGGCAGAACAAUUAAAUACAGAAUUAAAAAUAUUUUUUAACCUUGAUUUAUUGAAAUUAAAGGAUGAUGAAUUAAAAAUGAGAAAUAUGUGGUUAAAAGAUUUAGAUCUUGCGGGUAAUAAAAAGAACGACAAUGAUAGUGCAGGUAAUAGUUCAGUUUUGUUGCUUUUGACGUCUUUUGCAAAUAAAGAUUGUGAUAUCGUUACUGAUCUUAUAACUGAAUCAGAUUUCCAAUUAGAAGCUCUAGAUGCGUUUUACAAAAUUUCUUUGGACGAUAUUAAUGAAUAUUUAACAAGUUUAAAAGUACUUGGUGUGAAUAAGGUUGCGGUUGACGAUAUUUUACUUUUUAGGCUUCAGCAAGUUGUUAAUUUUAAGAUGAGUUUCCCUAACAAGAAAAAAGAACAUAUUGUUUGUGAUCCAAAUAUAUAUCUACAACAAAAAAAUGAGUUAUUAAGAAGUUAUAAAUUACGAAUACAGAGAUUAGAAGCACAAUUACACAUAAAAGAAAUGGAAAAUCUAGGCUCAUGGCCCGCAGGUAUCUUUAAAAAUUGUAACAAAAACACCUAUUAUAAUGAUAGUGAUAAUCAACGACACCUCUGUAGCAACAGCAACCACUCGCUUAGGCCAUUUGAAACAGCCAGUGUUAAUUCUUCUUUGAUUUUAAAUAAUAGUGUCAGUGUUAUUGGUGUUGAUGAUAAUGAGAAGUUGUCGUCAAAAACUAUUAAGAAUAACGAUCAGGCAUUACUGAAGGAAUUGAAUUUUUUGAAAUUGAAUAAUAAGGAUCUAAAAUUGGAAAUUCAAAAAUACAAUUCAAAGAUUAGUGAUUUGGAAACCGAAUCCAAGUGUUACAAAGAUGCAUUGAAUAUAUUAAAUGAGGAUUAUUCCACUUUAGCUUCCAAAAUAAAAAACUGGGAGAAUAAAGAGUAUGAAUUGAAUACACAAUUUCAAAACCAAUUGAAGGAUAUUGUAGAGGCUAACAAUGCUAACUUGCAAAUAUCAAAAGAUUGGAAAUCUAGCUACGAAGAGGUUGUAGAAACAAAAAACAAUUUAUUGGCUAAUAUGCAAAAUAUGCAAGAAGAAUUCAAUGCCGAAAAAAAUGAAUUGAAUUUGCAGAUUGAAAAUUACCAGAAACAGCUUGGAGAUUUGAUGCUCAAAACACCCAGGAGUAGCCAGAUUGCGCAUGAGGCGUCUAUUCAUAGUGAUGACAACGCUUCCAAACAACUAACCACAUCCGAUGAUCAAGUUCAGAAAGAAGAUACUAAUGAGUUGGAACAGGUUUUGAAUCAAUACAUCAUAGAAUUGUUUAAUAUUGUGAUUAAUGACAUUUUUUUAUUAGAAAAUAUUGGAUUGUUAUUGGAAAGGGACUGCGUUGAUGGAAAGCAGACUUUGGUGAUUAAAAGGGUGAAGGGGUUGAGGAAACGGCUUGAAGAAAGUACUUCGACACCUGGCAUGGAAAUUCAAAUGAAUAGCUCUUUAAUUACUGAAUUGAAAUUUUUAUUUCAAAACAUCAAAAAUGAUGCUAGUAGUAGAAUGGAUUUUUUACAAUUUGUUAGGUCAAUGUAUGGUGGAGAAAAAAUAUAUGAAAAUUCGGUUAUGAAAAGAUUUAAGGAUAUAGAAAUGUUGGCUAAAAAACUAACUAAGGAUAUUAAGAAAAACAAACAAAACAAUGGCUUAAAGAGACAAAUCGCAGUUAAGGAUUUCCAAGUGGGAGAUUUGGCCCUAUUUUUGCCUGCCAGAUUAGGGAAAUAUGAACCAAGUGGUUAUUCAUCCUCAGUGAAUUCAUCUUUGUCUUCUAUAGAUUUGACUAGUCCUACAUUAAUGAGACCAUCUUCCUCUAUCAAUUCUGGCAUCGACAUGGUUUUAAGCUCAAAAAUUAAUUCCACUAACAUUAAUAUUAACCAUCAUCACCGUCAAAGUAACAAUAAUAAUGAUAAGGAUAAGGACAAGGAUGAUUAUAAUAAUGGAACGUGGGCCGUUUUUACUAUAACCGAAAAUAUUCGUUAUUUUGUUCAGGAUCCGUUGUACACUAACGAGGAAUGGUUUAUAGGAGAAAUCACUAAAUUAGAAAAACAUAUAGCUUCACAGGAUGUGAAUCCAUUUAGACUGGAUAUCGGAACCGUUUGGUACUCUGUUUCUGUUAACAUUGUAUAUCCACAAAGUAUUACAGAAUGA